AAGCCCCGCCUCCUCUAUCUGCGUUGGUUGGCGGGCCUGCCAUUUCCGGCCCCUGGAACCCAGCUGCAGAGGACUUCCGGUGUCAUGGCCGCUUGAGUCCUGUCUGCGCUGCGGCUGCGGGCCGGUCCCUGCAAAGCCGCAGGUCCUGCAGGCGGGGAUGUGACCGCGGGCCGCGCCGCCUUCCCGGGCGUCUCGUCAGCCGGGCGUCGGUGCCCUCGGCCCGCACGGAUGGCGGGGUCGGCCUGCGCGUGGGGCGCAGAGCCGCCGCGCUUCCUGGAAGCCUUUGGGCGGCUGUGGCAGGUUCAGAGCCGCCUGGGCAGCGGCUCCUCGGCUUCGGUGUACCGGGUGCGCUGCUGCGGCACCCCCGGCUCGCCCCCCGGCGCCCUCAAGCAGUUCCUGCCGCCGGGCACCACAGGGGCCGCCGCGUCGGCCGCCGAGUAUGGUUUCCGCAAAGAACGAGCGGCGCUGGAGCAGCUGCAGGGUCACCGGAACAUCGUGACUUUGUAUGGAGUCUUUACAAUCCACUUAUCUCCCAACGUGCCAUCACGCUGUCUUUUGCUUGAACUCCUGGAUGUCAGUGUGUCGGAAUUGCUCCUGUAUUCCAGUCACCAGGGCUGUUCCAUGUGGAUGAUACAGCAUUGUGCCAGAGAUGUUCUGGAGGCCCUUGCUUUCCUUCAUCAUGAGGGCUAUGUCCAUGCAGACCUCAAGCCACGGAACAUACUGUGGAGUGCUGAGAAUGAAUGUUUUAAACUCAUUGACUUUGGACUUAGCUUCAAAGAAGGCAAUCAGGAUGUGAAGUAUAUCCAGACAGACGGGUAUCGGGCUCCAGAAGCAGAACUACAGAAUUGCUUGGCCCAGGCUGGCCUGCAGAGUGACACAGAAUGUACCUCAGCUGUUGAUCUGUGGAGCCUAGGAAUCAUUUUACUGGAAAUGUUCUCAGGAAUGAAACUGAAACAUACAGUUCGAUCUCAGGAAUGGAAGGCAAACAGUUCUGCUAUUAUUGAUCACAUAUUUGCCAGUAAAGCAGUGGUGAAUGCCGCAAUUCCAGCCUAUCACCUAAGAGACCUUAUCAAAAGCAUGCUUCACGAUGAUCCGAGCAGAAGAAUUCCUGCCGAAAUGGCUCUGUGCAGCCCGUUCUUCAGCAUUCCAUUUGCCCCUCAUAUUGAAGACCUGGUGAUGCUUCCCACUCCAGUGCUGAGAUUGCUAAAUGUGCUGGAUGAUGACUAUCUUGAGAAUGAAGAGGAAUAUGAAGAUGUUGUAGAAGAUGUGAAAGAGGAGUGUCAGAAAUAUGGACCAGUGGUGUCUCUGCUUGUUCCAAAGGAGAAUCCUGGAAGAGGACAAGUCUUUGUUGAAUAUGCGAAUGCUGGCGAUUCCAAAGCAGCCCAGAAGUUACUGACCGGAAGGAUGUUUGAUGGGAAAUUUGUCGUGGCUACAUUCUAUCCGCUGAGUGCCUACAAGAGGGGAUACCUGUAUCAAACUCUGCUUUAAUUUGUAACCCAAGGACUCUUUCCUCUUCCUCCUCCUCCAUUCCUGGAGUCUUGUAUUCCAUAUCUGAAUGCUGAAGCACUCCUUGCUGUUUUCAGGGAGGCGCUUUGUAUGUUGAUGUUCUCUUCCUAAUAUGCAGCUCUUGUGCAGGCACCAACUGACUGCACCACUCACACUCAACACUGAGCAGGUUCCACUCCCACUGUACACUGAGGGGCAAUUCCAUCGUGUGGUUGGGCCAGUGCCACUCCUCAGUAUGUAACCUAGCCAGAUAUUAACUUAUUUCCCAUGAUCACAAAGUAAGGAUGAACCAUAAUCUGGUUGUAUUGAAUAUUAUUAACAGAUUUGUUGGCGUGGUGACACCACUCACAGAGCUGUCCUAGGUAUUGUCAGCUGGUCCUUCCUUGUGGAUGUAACUCAGUGGGAACUGGAUGCUCUCAGUGCUGUUAGUCUUGUCAGGUAGUACUCACUUGCUGUGUCCUAAACACUGAGUUAAAUUGAUUUUUUUUUUUUUAAGCAGUACUGUAGUACUGAGUAUCCCUUUAAAGAAACUGCAGUGAGCCUAUCUACAUUUUUUUUUUAAUUAAGGCUUUUAAAAAUAGAAAGCUGAUGCUUGAUCUUGCACAAUUUUUAUGUCUAGUGUGUAUGCUUGGGUGAGUGUGCUGGUAUGAAAGAGAAAAUCUGAGUCAGUGUACUUUAUACUGUGACUCUUAUGAGUAAUACAGUUUGUACCCAACUCUUCCCUCUCUGUUUCAUGUUUGUAAGUUUUAGAAUGUAGUUGUCUAUGAAUCCAUCUGUCUGCUAGUACAUAAAUAAGAGAAUAGUUCAUUCCUCAGAAGCCCAGGACAAAUGAGUAUAGUCUGGGCUACAGUGAGACUGUCUAAAGUGAUUGGAGUAGAGAAAAGGUUUUGCUAUUCAUCAAUCAACCCAUCCUUCAAUCUAUUUUCGGCCCUGUUUUAGCUUGUCUUUUUUGUACCAACUCUCCCACACUAAGAUGUCUCAAGACAGUUUUGCCUACUAUGAUAGAAGAUUGAAACGGGUUGAAAGGGAGAGAGAUUUCAGUGAAGGGGGAAGAAUACAAAUAGGCAGAGAAAGAAGAUAAUCAAGAAUUCUCUCUUCUUUCUCUCCCGACCUUUUUCUUUUUAUUGCCACCAGGGUUAUUGCUGACCCUGGUGCCAGCCCUAUGAAUCCACUGCUCCUAAUGGCUUUUUUUCUUUUCUUUCUAUUUUUAUUUGAUAUGACAGAGAGAAAUUGAGAAAGGAGGAGGAAAUAGAAAGAUAGAUACCUGCAGGCCUGCUUCACUACUUGUGAAAUUGUGAAGCGUUUCCCCUUUAAGGUGGAGAGUGGAUGCUCAAACCUGAGUCCUUGUGCAUAGUAAUGUGUGUGCUCAGCUGGGUGCAUCACUUCCCAGCCCCUCUCCUGACCUUCUUUUCUGUUCCCCUGUCCUCUACCUCUUUCCUCUGCUGUAGCAAGGCAGCAAUGUCCCAAAUGGGCUGGCUUUUGAUUACAGGAAAUCAUGAAGGGUCUAGCUGUAAUAAGGUGGAAGUAGAAAGGAAGACACUUAAAAGGGUUAGUUGCAGGCUGGCAGGUGUGAGUUCUGGGACAUAGACAGUUCAUGUGAUUCCAGGACUUGGAACUAAGAAUUCCUGCCUCUUUGUGGUAGAUUGUCUUAAAGGACUCAAACAUAGGAAACCUUUAUAAAGCACUGAUCACAAAAAAAAAAAAAAAAAAAAAAAAAAGGCAUGUGCAGGCCCUGAGCUUUUUCUUGUUUCCUUGCCUAAAUGAGGUUUUAUUUAUUUAUUUAUUUCUUAAGGAAAAGUCUUUUCUUUCCCUGCUGGAAGCCUCCUUGUAGCCUUUCCUGUGUGCCUGACAGCUUAGUGAGAGCCUCAUGAAGAAUUUACAUUUUAGAGGAUGAGUUAUUGUGCACUAUUCAAACCAUUACUGCUUGGCAUUUUGACUAAUUGCAGCUAUCAAAUUACUCAGGACUCUCGUUAAUAGUUACUGUAUUGUUAGUGCAGUGUUAACCCAGUGCUAGAGAGACCUAAGCUUCCUUAAGAUAUGAAUGUUUGCAUGGACAGGUCACUUCCAUGGUGAGUGAAAACACCAUGUCCUUGCACACAUCAGUGAACCAGAAUACAGAGGAGUACUUCUUUAGGGCAAGUGUUCUUGGUGAGCACACACACCUUUCUCAUUUCUCUCCUGCCACCAAAAAGAAAAACCCUUACAAGGUAAACUGCAGGUAAGCCUUCCAGCUUAGCGAGGCAGUAUGCUGCUAACAUUCUAAUGCCAAAUUCCAUAGCAUUCUUUGCUCAUGUUGCUUAUGUCUUCACUGUAUGUGUGUAGUGUUUAACACUGUAGAAUUUCAUUACUGAAGAUGUACUAGAUGAAUUCGAUUUUGAGGGAGUAAUUGAUGAAGCUAAACAGCCACACACUGAAUUAAGCAUUCUCUGUUACAGCCCCAGAAAUUGAGAAAAGCUGCCUCCUCUGAUUGAAAUCGUAAUUUCCUAUCUCUUAGCCCAUGACUACCAAAGAUGGUGUUUUCAAAGCUGCCUUCCCUCCUCUGAUACUAUCAGAAGUUUAACCUUAUUAUUAAAAAAAAAAAAAUCAGUUUUCAUGGUUUACUGAAGGAUUUUGAUUCUUUGAAGUUAUCAAAAACCUAGGAACUUGCUUUUUGAGAGGUAGGGUAAGGGUUCAUCUCACUUCGUUUGCCCUGAGUCCUUUGGGCAGAUUGUAUCUCAGGUAGUUCUUGCCCUCUGUUAGCAUCUGUGCUUUCUCCCCUCUUGUUCCUUGGUGUUUCUUGGUGGGCAUGGUACACUUUUUCCUCCCUGAAGACAUAUACACACUGAUGAUUCAGUACGAGGUUUUAGGUUCUGUUUGAAACAUAAUUAGUUAACCACUUUCAGAACUUGAGUCUGUGGAGAGGAGAACCAGAAAGCUGGAUACCUAGAUAAGAGAAACAGCAAUGGCUAGAAGUACUGUUUGCCUCAUUGCAAAGGAGGAUGCAGCAGUUAGCCUUUUGCAGUCGGAGAUUGCACUUAUCCUCACUGGAAAUCUUAUGUGUCCAUGGGAAACCAUUUCUCUUUAGAGAAAUACCCUGUCAGCUUUGCCUUGAGCCAAACCAUGGCUGUGGAAGAGUAGCCAGUAGAAUCUUGCUGCUCCUCUCUGUUUUCAUAGAGACAAGCCUUGCCUUCUUUCUAGUGCUCUAGCUGUUGAUUAGUGCUGAGUUGUGUUGAAUUUACCUUCAAAGAAAGUCUGAGUUCUUAUUUCCUUUGCCUUCCAGAUUCUUGUGACUGUCCUGAUACUUAGCCUUUGAGCUGACUUAUCACUGGUGAUGUGCAGGGUCGUGUUGCCAUGAGAGGCAGCCGCAGAGUAUCCGUGGGCAGACGGUUUUUUCUGUCAAUACCCCAACAUCAGCCUGCAAAGGCUGUGCUCCUUUCUUUGGACUAGAUUAGCUGGAGUUAGAGCACCUACAGACUGUUUCCUGGCUCACUGGUGUUUAGUCAUCAAUUGCGGGUCACUAACAUCCAGGCACUGUUUUCAUCUGAGGGCUUAUUUUCUAAUUUUACUAAAUCAGACCUGUCCUGUGUUAUGUUCACCAUCAGUUUGACUUUGCAGCAUUAAGUUUUACUCUUUGUGAUUUAACAAAUAGCAUCACAGGAUUGCAUAGAAACCACAUUAUGGUUUCCAUGUGGGGAGAGAUCUAGUAACCAUGUGUUCAAUCCAGACUUGAAUGUAAGGGUAUGUUCCUAAUAAAGGGUGGCUUUAUUAGGCCAGGGUAUAGAUGAGAAUCAUGUUGUGAUUUUGAGCUAGCGAUAUGUAGAAAGUCAAAGAUUUAAGCAAGUGCCUUGUGUUUCCUGGAAAGUAAAUGAGCUGGAAAGCUCAUUUGGAUGAAAGCUUCUAGAUGAUGAUGAUCAUUGCACCUCUGUCUUCUCUUAGUAACAACUUGGGUUGAGUUGUAUAGCAUAAAAGCCCACAGUGUCCUUGAUUUACCUUUUCUUGUACGUGUAAACUGUAUUUUAUCCCCCCCCACACACACACACAGUAAAUUUGAUGAAAGGCCAGAAUCACCUGGUAGAAUUUUAAUUCUUCCUUGGAUCCUGUUCCAUUUGUAAUACUAGAUUUUGUCUAAAUCUUAGAUCUUUAACUUCUUGAUGUGAUUGCUUUCUUGUCAAGUAUGAUCCCAUAAAGCCCAGCCCUCAGUCACAAGUAGCUCAAGAAUUUCCCUUUGCUCUGAAGGUGCUCCAUAAAUCACUGUUACUUAGACAAGGUAGUCUUGUCAAGUUAGUGUUACUAGUUUGUGUAGUGAAUGUGAUUUGUUGAAGCUCCAUAGUAUAGAACUCAUCUGAGCCUCUUGUUUUUAUACCUUAUAUUUUCUUAGUUAUAGGAGAACAUGGAUAUUUUGCUGUUUGAAGUAGUUUUGUUUUGGGUUAACUUCUUUUUUCCCUGCUAUCACUGGAUAGAACACGUUUACUAUCUUGGCCUCCCCUCCAAUCACACCACUGUUUGUCACUGUCUUUUAUGUUGAUGGUUGACCAAUUGAUUUAUAUAGCAGCGUGCAGUUGACAGGUACCAUAGAUAUUUAAGAAGAAGGUAGGUACAGCUUUAACUGUUUUUGCUGCAAUUUUAUAGGAAAAAUGGGCUAUGAAAGAAAUAUAUAAACUAGAGGGCAUAUAGGAGAGUGUUUAUUUUAUAAGUGAUCACUGAAAUGAUCUUGAGCAUAUAAGAAGUAUAGUUAUGUGGGACCAGGUGGUGACACACCUGGUUAAGCACACACAUUACAGUGUGCAAGGACCAGGCUCAAGCCCCUGGUCCCCACCUGCAGAGAGAAAGCUUCACGAGCGGUGAAGCAGGUCUGCAGCUUUCUCUCUGUCUCUUUCCCUUUAUAUCUCCCCCUCCCCUCUCAAUUUCUCUCUGUCUCUGUUCAAUAAUAAAUAAGUAUUUAAAAUAAUGUAGUUAUACAACCUUUGAUCUCCCCACAUGAAUUUUAUCUAUUUCCUACAGUAAGCACUUUCAUCCUUCCUUACACUGCUCAUAGGGACUGAUGUUUUAAACUUGCUUCAUUUGUGUCUUUCAGAGAGUUGUAAUCCUGAUAAUCAUGUUUGUGGUGCAACAAAGGUCAAAAUGUAUGAGAAAAGUUACCAAAUGAAAGCCUGGGUGUUAAUUCCCAUUAAACUGAGUAGCUGCCACAGUCUCAAAAAACAAAAACAAACAAAGCCUGAUUGGCUUUCUGCAAAGCCACACAUAUUUUAUGACCCAGGUUCAUAGUGUUUUGAUUCAGAGGCAAAGAGAAGCAUUCUGUCUUAUUUGCCUCCUAUGACCAUUAAUUCCCCAUACAGGAAAAGAUAAGUUACAUUUUUUAUUUAUUUAUUUUUCUUGGUUGGGGGGGGGCAGAUGGCAAACUGGAGUUGUUAAUCUUUGUUGUUUCUCUUGGGGAAAUUUCUGUAUACAUCAGAACUGGUUGUUAUCCUGAGUUUUUGAUUGAUAGCAAGAUAAUGAUUUGUAGUUACCUUUAUCUCCCAGGAUAGAAUUGCCCUCCCAUUGUAUACCUCCCCUCACAUUAGGACAGUGAGGGUGUAAGAGCCAAUGUUGUGAGGUGCUGAAAACCGUGCAUCUCUCAGGCAUGUAGAGACUACAACCUUCCCAGUCCCUCGAAUGAUCUGUCACUGUACUGCCUUUAUUAGCAUGGGCUGUCAGAAACCCCUGAGACUUAAGAGAAAGAUGAGUAAUAAAAAUAGAUAAAAAUAGAA